UCACUUGUCUUCAAUCCCAGGAAGCCCACCUAGACACCCAUUUCGCUGUCAAUCCAAUUUUUACAUACUCAAAUAAAAGAAGUCCCAAAUUUGAUCAAGAAAAGAAGAAAUCAAGUAUUUCUCGAGAUGGGUUUGUCUCUGAGAUCCUCCAUUGAUGGCUCUCCAUCGCACUACAGAACACACAAGGUGUUCCUCUACUGCAAUUACGUUCUCUUGGGUGCAGCCUCUAGUUGCAUCUUCUUGACCCUUUCUCUUCGAUUGGUGCCGUCAAUCAUUGGCUUCUUUUUUAUUCUCCUCCACAUCACCACCAUCGCAGGGGCUGUCUCCGGCUGUAUCGCAGCAUCCUCAGGGACGGGCAGAUGGUAUACAGCUCACAUGGUAGCCACUGUACUGACAGCGAUAUUCCAAGGGUCAGUGUCGGUGCUGAUCUUCACCAGGAGUGUAGAUUUCCUUGGGGAUUUGAAGUCCUAUGUGAGGGCGGACGACGGAGUGGUGAUCUUGAGGCUGGCUGGCGGCUUGUGUGUGGUGAUAUUUUGCUUGGAGUGGGUGGUGCUCACACUUGCAUUAUUCUUGAAGUACUAUGCUUAUGUUGAAGGCGAUGUUAGUGGUGGCAAUGCCGUGAAGAGGAGUGCCAAAGGGCAGCAAGAUGAGGAUUUGAAGCACUGGCCAUGGCCUCUCCAAGUCUAAUUCUUCUCUGCUAUAUAUAUAUAUAUAUAUAU